GAAGGGAAAGGUCGUGCUCUCGUGUGUUUUGUUUUAAAUAAUAUUGACCCAUUCAUUCUCAACCUGCUUGUUCGUGAAAUUAUACAGGAUUAUAACUUUGCCAUCGCCAGACAAUUGAAACAAAUCAAGAUGAAUUGCUGCUCGGCCCUCCCAUCGGCUCACACCCCGGGCGGGCGAGGAGGGGCUGCCGAGAGGGUGGGCAGCCGCAGGAUCCGGAGGGAAUAUCGAGACACGAAGAAAUUCCGCAGGCGCGGAAACUGGCGAGGGGCGCAGGGGACGGCAGGGAGGAAACUCUACGCGGGGGUCGGUCGAGAGAAAGAACCUCGGUGCUUGGGACGGGGGGAGGCGGGAGGCCCCCCCUGCUUGUCCGGCCUCGCCGUCUCCCCGACCCAACGCCGCUCCCCUCGGUUUUUCCGCACCGUGUCAACACCUCACCCGGUGCGAACCUGGAACAAUGGAGGCCGCCAAGAGGGAGAGAAAAAGCCACAACGAAAUGGGGAAUUUGCCGAAUACCUAUUUGCAGAAGCGGGGGGAAGAGUGGUUAGACAAGGGGCUCGCACCCCCUCGCAGCCCCCUUGCCCCUCGGAAAGGCCGAUUCAGGCCGCCUGCUGCGCAACCCCCCGCGCCGGGCGUGCGAGCGGGCAGCGCCGUCUGCCUCGCAAUCCACAUCCCAAUCCACAUCCCAAUCCACAGUCCCGCUGGCCCUCGCAGCCCCCACCACCCCCCGAUCGGAGCUGCGGCCGCGGAGCGGAGCCGGGAGCGCGCCCCUUGCAGCCGGGGCCGGGGGCUCCCCGGGCUCCCUCUCCCCGCGCGGGCGCCCCGGGGCCGUGUCCCGGCCCGGCUCCGUUCUUUUGUUUUCGGACGGUGCCUUCCCUCACUCUGAACCCCGGCGGCGUGCCCGAGUCCCCGGCCGUCAUAUGGGAGUGCCUCGCCCCGCAAAGGUCAAAACGACGCUCAGAUAUGGAUGUAUCCCCUUUUGGUUAUUGUCUGUGCUUCCCGUUCUCCUCUCCUUGCUUUGUUUUCAGUACGUGCGCGCUCAUCCGCGUGUACUUUCCCAAACCAGCGAGAUACGGAUCUUUACAUACCUGUACAGUUGUUUCUACCUAUAAAAUAAAAGAACUUUUUUUUCUUUUCUUUUCUUUUUUUUUUUUUUCCUUAGACAUCAUUAGCAUUUUUGGAGGGAAAUAACUUCCUUUGAAAAAUAGCUGACAUCUGAACCCGGGGAAGAGUUUGUUGUUGUUUUUUUUCCUUCAAUAAAGCCGCGUUUAGGGGGCAUUUUUUAUUUUCAAUAAUGCUUCGUUUUGGAGUGGGGGCGACGGCGUUUGCAGGUUUUCACCCCUCCUUCCCUCGCCGCCGCGGACGGGGUUGCGGGGGGUGCGCGAGUGGCGUGGCGGGGGCGUCUCACAUGCCGGCUGAAGACAAGGAGGGAGGACAGGGGACAGGCUCACGGCACUGGCGCUAACACGCUUUUUCGGGACAUACAAUUUACCUUGCUAAAUGUCUGCUUUGGUACGCGUAUUACAUGUGUAGGUCUGGAUAUUAGGCACCCGAUAGAGCGUAACAGUCAAUAAUCCAGAAACUUGGAAGGAUUUACACCUUCGGAGCUCCAUACAAUUCCGGACUAAUUGAUUGCUAAAUCUGAAGUUUUUUAAAUGCGAACCCCUCUCGGAAUUCAUUUCUCCGGCCUCCUGCACCUACUUCUAAGAGAGGAAGAGAGGACAAAUAAAGUAAAUUCUAACGUUCAAAUUUUGAGCUGCAAGGGAAUAUUAUAUUUUUUUGUUGUUUGGGGUGCUGUUGUUGUUGUUUUUCUUGUGUGCAUUUUGUUUUGUUGGGGGUUUUUAAUGAAGAAAAAAAAAGAAAAGGCGUUUGAAGCCGCUUUUCGGGACCUCGGCCCCACUUGUGCCAGGCAGAUCCCCGGGACUGGAGCGGGCAGAGCGGAGCCGGUGCUCCGCGCCCCUGCGCAGGGAGCCAGCUCUCUGGCGGUGCUCGACGAACGUCCCUCUGGUCGAUCCGUGAUUUCGGGGACGAGGGCGGCUUGUUUGGUCGCUUUCUUCCUUAGUCUGUGACCACCCCCCGCCCGCCCCGAAGUGCAGGGGACAGCGCGGGUCGCUCCCCCCGCCGCGGAGCCAGGCGGGGCAGGGCAAACGCUGCCGCAGCCACAGAGGGAUCCGAGCCGAGUCUGCCUUCUCGGAGGGCGGGCUGUGACGGCGCGGGGGGGCCACCGGCCCGACCCCGGCCCCGCGACCU